UUCAGACAACAGCGAAAACAGCCAUUUUAUUCAUCCAGCCUCAGUAUAACAUCAGUACCAUGAGUGCAGAUGGAGAGGUGACUCUGUAUCUUUACGGAUGGAAAGACUGUGCCACUGUCGUCUUCUAUCUUUGUAUCACCAUCAUCCUUCACGCAGUGGUGCAGGAGUAUGUGCUAGAUAAAGUAAACCGGCGUCUUCACUUGUCAAAGAGUAAAAACACAAAGUUUAAUGAAUCUGGGCAGCUGUGUGUGUUUUAUCUGGUGUCCAGUUUAUGGAGUCUCUACGUCAUGGCCACAGAGGGAUACCUUCUGCAUCCCAGCAGCCUUUGGGAGAAUUAUCCUCAUGUUCACCUGAGGUUUCAGGUGAAGUUCUUCUACCUCACACAGCUGGCGUACUGGUUUCACGCACUACCUGAGCUUUACUUCCAGAAAGUGAGAAAGGAGGAAAUCCUGCGUCAGCUGCAGUAUAUCAGUCUUUAUCUCUUACACAUUCUGGCUGCAUAUCUGUUAAACUUGACGCGGGUCGGGCUGGUGUUGUUGUUUCUGCAGUAUCUUUCUGAGAUGGGUUUCCAUCUGUCUCGACUCUUUUACUUUAUUGAUGAAAACCACCACAAAAUGUUUGAGAUGUGGUCCAUCGGGUUUGUCCUGACCCGUAUGAUCACUCUGACUCUGAUGUUCCUGGCUGUGGGCUUCGGUUUGGCUCGUUCGGAAAACCAGACACUUGAUUUGGAGGCAGGAAACUUCAACACUCUUUCUAUAAGGCUGCUGGUGUUAUUCGUGGUGUGUUUCACUCAAUCAUGGCUGCUUUGGAAGUUCUUCCGUUUCCAGCUGAGCCGGACGCGUGAGCUGAGACUGGAGCAGGUGGCCCGGAAGAGAGUGGCCGCUAAACAACAGAUGCAGCGCACUCUGAAACGCGAUUCAGUUGGUCACUAUGAGAAUGGACUGAUUAAAGCAGAGAACGGCACAUCCCCUCGUCUCAAGAAGAUCAAAGCGCCGUAAACUUCAGCCCCAUUCCAGCACAUGUCCUCCACACAUCGAGGGCACAGGAACAGGAAACAGCUCCUCUGCCUGCUGCUUCCCGUUUCCACAUCAAGAGAAGUGCAUGUGGCGUUUCUCAGAGUGACGACAGCACCCUCAACAAGCUCUGGUCAACGUACUAAACUUCUCUUUCCAGUUUCAGUAUUCAUGUUAUUUCUUCUGCAUAUGUUUCUAAACUUCACUCAGUCUUUCUUUAUUAAAGCGCUGUUUUGAGGUUAGUUUUAUUUUUCUGUGUCUGCAUGUUUUGAGGUACAAAAGUGGUGACUACGGUGGCCUAGAAAUUACAUUUAUUGAGACGAUUUAAAUCUGAGGUGUUAUUGUGAGAUCAAACAAUGGAAAAUCCUGUUUGAGGUAGGAACAAGUGUUGUAGUAGUGAAAUGACCCUGAACACACAGCAAACACUCACUCAGUUUGGCUUUGUACGUUUAUGCAGUUUGAUAUUUGAUUGUAUAUGACGAUGCUUUAUAAAUAUUGAACCUUU